AUGGCGCUGUCAGAGCCGACGAAUGUGGACGAGGUCUCCGUCACCGUGGAGGCCUUCAUGGAGGCCCAGCGUCCCGCCGAGUUAAUCGAGCUGCUGGAGGAAAGUAUCCUGCACAUCUCCGGCCGGCAAGUCGCGCGUCACGGGCUGCACCAACCGCCCGAUUGCCCAGACAGCGCCGCGAUCGCACUGGAGCAGUUCAACCUCUCCGAGGGUUCGGUCGUCAUGCGCAGGAACUGCAACAUGUGCUCCGAGCCCAUGGAGACGCUCCCGACCAACGUCGAGGACACCCAUCGCGCCAUAGAGAUUGCCGCCUGCUGCAACGAUAGCGCCGCGGGGCACGAGCUCGGCAGGGCGCAGCCGGACAGCAGCCAGGUGCCAGAGGCGAUCAAGUCUCACCCGAGGGCCGAGGACGCCGCCGACUGCGCGGAUGUCAUCCAGGACGUGCCCAUCGAUGCUGAGCUGGGCCACUCUCACGCAAAGACCGACCGCGUCGCCGACGUGGAGGAGGUCAUCAGCGGCGCCAACGCAGCCAACUUCCUUCAAUUUGGCGACAGGGUAUACGAGAAACAGGCGUGCAAGGCGGCCAGGAACCUCUGCGUCGCCAAGCGCCUCCCGCGGCUGCUGGCGCUUGUCCUGAUCGCGCCUCUCAGAACUUGCAGACUGGUCACCCCCGGGAGCAUCAAGUACAGCGAUCAGAUGGUCCGGGGCGGAGGUUUCGGCUCCAGCGAAGGCGCCAUUUAUUUCUUCGGAGCCAUCUUGAGCCCGAGCACCGAACCGGAGUUCGACUUCAACUGCGCCCAGGCAGCCAGCGGGCGCAGCAACGCGCAAGAGAUCGAACUCGCUUGCCGCGAGAACACCUCCUACGACCGUUUGGUGGUGGACGAGUUCCUCUGGAAUUUCAAACUGCUCAACCCCGUCAACCCGGCGAACUGCCCCUUUGGGGUCGGGGUGCUGGUUGACAUGGGCGGCUCCGCAGAUAUCAUCAAGAACUUGCUGCAGGCGCAGGUCGCGGGGGGCGGCCUCGACCGCGGCGUCGCGAUGGUCGACGGCGACGCCAGCCAGGGCCUGGAGGCCUUCCGCGAGAAGAACGCGUUACACCACUCGGCGAUGGCCAGCGGGUGCUUCGAGGGCCGCCGACUUGUGAACGUGACCAACGUGAACGUACUCUUCGGGCCGCGGGCGCGCGAACCCGCUGAGCGCCAGAGCCCCGCUGGCUGGGCGAUGGCGAUGGCGCUCAACGAGGCCGGCGAGAAGCGGCGUCAAGUCAUCGACCAGAUCGUGGGCAUUGCGCAGCCAGGGUCGACCAGCGCGGACGAGGUCUCCGCCACCGCAGCGGCUUUCAUCGAAGCCCAGCAGCCCCCCGCCGAUUUGAUCGAGCUGCUGGAGAGAAUGGCAUUGCUCAUCUCCUAUGUCAGCAAGAACAGGAAUUUGCAGAAUCUCCUGGUCGUUGCGUCGAGCAGGGCCGACAGGACACUCGCCGUGGACUACGUCGGCCGCCUGGGCAGCUGCGACGACGCGAUGGUCAUCCACAAGAAGGGCAGCGUGGACUUCGAGCCCAUGGAGAGGCCAACGACGAACGUCGAGGACAUCCAGCGCGCCGUGGAUUUUGCCACCCGCUGCAACGAGGGCGCCGCGUUGGACGAGCUCGGCAGGGGGCAGCGAGACAGCAGCCAGGUGCCAGAGGCGAUCGAGUCUUGUCUGAUGGCCGUGGAUGCCGCCGACUACGCGGAGUGCGCCCAGGUCGCCGCGCGGGUGGAAAGUUUUGAGAAGGUCGCGCGCUGCCCAGCCAUCGCCCGCACCAUGCACAAGUACGUGCUCAACGACAUUGAGCUGCAGGUCACCAGGGGCACCAACGCAGCCGAGUCGCUCCACAUCGGGGGCAGGCCGCGCGAGGAGCGGGCCAUCAAGGCAGCCAUGCUCGCCGGUGGCAUGACAAAGCUCGGAGCGGGCACGCAGGCCGCGGUGGCCGCGCGGAAGGCCAAUGACCCGGAGAUCUGGGGGGAGGCGAGCAUUGCCUCAGGCUCUGCGGGCCAGUUCCGGUGCGCGGCGAUCUUUGCGACCCACAUCAUCGCCCCCACCCUCCCCGACUGUCUGGAGAAGCUCGCGAACCACCUCGAGAGACCAGGGUCAUCCGAGCAGCUCAUCUCGCCAUUGGCCGCAGGCCCAAGCCACGAGCUCGCGCGCAUGGGGAUGCGCGCGGAGCUCGGAGCACUGCGCGCCAGGCAUAAGCUAAGUAAUUUUGCCAGGACGGGCGCGGCGGAGCGAAACAUUCCGAAGCCCACGGCCGCGCGUGAACGGCGCCGGCUGCGGGGGGCGGCCGCGUUCCUCUACUCGGACUGCGACGAGUGCGACCAGGCGCCGAGCGCCUUGAUGGCCCACGGGGCCUCGGCCUACAUCCGCGGCGCGCUCCCAGCUGCCAUGCGGAAGGCCGCCGUGCUCAGCGCCAACUCGUCUGUGGUGGACAACGCUUGGGUCGUGCAACUGGCGCGCAGGGCGGAGCGCCGCGCCGCGGCCGAGUUCCUCGAAGCUGGCGCCGGGGGCCGCGCGGGCAGGUCCGACACCUGGACUUCUAAGGGCGUGGCCAAGUACCUGGAGGGCGGCAACGAGACCAUGGGCGCGCUAGUGGACCAGCGCAUCUGCCCUCGCGUCGUUGAGGGCGAGCUGCGCUACAUCACGGUCGGCGGCGCGCUGGCCCUCGUGAUCCGGGCGAAGCUGGAGGGCGGCGGCUUCUUCGAGCCAGCAACGCAGACGCCAUCUACGCGCUCUACGGCCCCAGGGAGGCGGAGUUCGUGA